AUGGCGCCCACCAGAAGCCGACCUGGCGACGAAGAAGAGGAAGAGCUUGAGCUCCCCGAAGACGACGAGGAAGAAGAAGAGGAAUAUGAAGACGAGGAUGACGAGGAUGAUGAGGAGGGUGACGAAGAGGAAGACGAGGAGGACGACGUAGAGGGCGAGGAAGAGGAGGAGGAAGAACAAGCUCCCCCUCCCAAAAAGCGAAAGGCUGAAGCGGAACCUGUUGAACCUGCAUCCAAGAAGUCCAAGCCUACCGCCCAGGAAGAGGAAGAAGAAGAGGAAGAGGAGGAAGAAGACGGCGAGGAUGCUCCUGAAGACGACGCUGACGAGCAAGAGCAAGAAGAAGAUGAGCCUGCGGUCAAGACCAAAGUUAUUUCGGCCUCCGAGGGCAAACAGGCCGCGGCCACUGCUGAAACGGAGGAGCUCGACGACGAAGAAUAG